AUGGCUAAGCGUUUGAUUCCGACAUUCAAUCGCAUAUUGGUGGAGAAAAUAAUCCCUCCUUCCAAAACCAACUCUGGAAUUCUUCUUCCUGAGAAAACCUCCAAGCUGAACUCUGGGAAAGUUGUUGCGGUGGGUCCUGGAGCUCGUGACAAAGAUGGCAAGGUUAUUCCUGUUGCUUUGAAGGAAGGAGACACUGUUCUUUUGCCGGAAUAUGGAGGCACUGAAGUGAAACUUGGUGAAAAAGAGUAUUUUCUGUAUCGAGAUGAAGAUAUCAUGGGAACUCUUCAUUACUGA